AUGUGUAUAUACUUUCUUUUCAUUCUUUAAAUAGAUUUUUCAACGUGAUAUUUCAAAUUUAUUUUUAAUAUUAAAUAGGCUUCGUGUUCAACUGUUUGAUACAGUUGUUGUAGACCUACUUUUUUAUUGUAUUUCUUAGACAUAGUUUGUGAAUGGGAUAUUUUAACGUUUCAAAACAAAAAGAUUGAGCUGUACCUGGACACUGAAAACAAAUGUCUACGUCACAUAUUAUAUUCACGUCAUGCCUAUGACUAGAUAAUAAAUCAAAAUUGUAACAUAUAGAAGUCUGGUUUAGUUAAUGUGGCUUUUGACUUUCAUCAAAUAUUGUUUUUAAACUUUUGACCCUUUCCAAAAACACAAGUUUAGCAGGUCAAAUCACUACAGCUUCACGUCCUAAUGACACACAUCCUGUAGUCCCCCAUCUACUUGUCUAGUAUCAUUCAAGAAUUGUCCAUUGACCUCUAAGCUUAAUAUAGUUUUACUUGAUAUAUUUAAAAAAAAGUCUGCGUGAUCGCCGAUAGUUUGCAGUUGCCAUGGUUACACAGCGCCUAGCAUUGGCAAGUGCUAUAUUUAGCAGCUCAUAACAAUGGUUUUUCUUUCCUUUAACGCAUCCGUUGAACUGAAAAUGUGAAACAGACGUCUGUGUAAUCUUUCUGCAUCUGUCACUUUGUAAUGCAUGAGACUGUCUGACUGAAUACAUGUCAAACUUGAGUAUUUCUGGCAGACGAUGUCCUUUGAUUUCAACUGGACGGAGACUAAUGCUACAUUGACCACCUUUACCUUGCCUAGACCGGACAUCUCCACACAGAACAACAUUCACCAGUCAGACAUGGUACUUUUGGUUGUCACCAGUGUUUUAGCGGUCAACGCUACGAUCAGCUUGUUUUUGAACAUCUUCUUGGUCUUCAUAAUCUUGUACUCUCCUAGUCUAAGAACUCCACCAAACAGUCAUCUCCUGAACAUUUGUGCCAAUAACAUUAUGCUGUGUCUAGCCAUGGUGGUUUGCGUUCUGUCUAUUCACUUCAACAGAAUGGCUCUGACCGAUGGUCACAGUAAGUUAAUCGGUGGCGUCCAGAUGUUCUUGACUUACAAUAGCCUUCUCCAGUAUUGGGGAACGUUUGCUAGCAUCGGUUACUACAGGCACAUGACAAUCAAGAAACCAGGUUUAACUCUGCGUAGUAGAAGACAACUCGUGUCUAGAAGUGUAGCAUUCAACUGGAUUCUAUCUUCAUUGUUGAGUUUGACGGUCACACUAUCCUAUACUCCUAGCUCAAGAUACGCAUUGUUUACAUUAGAUCCAUUUAGAUGCAUUUGUCGCACUCUGAAUGUGGUGUCCAUCGUUGGUAGGAAUCGAGUGUGCCCCAGACAGCAGUCGCCACACAUUCACUCGGACAGCAAUGAUCUUACCAUGUCUGUUGCUCGUUCCUACAGACCUCAGUAUUCAGUGAGUACACCAAGUUUCAUCGGAGAAGUGUUGAGUAAAGAGCACAAAGACGCUUUCAUUGUUAUGUACAAUAAGCAGGACAGCACAGUGAUCAUAGAUGACCUGGUCAGUGGGAGUGAGACCAGGACCCAGAGAACGACAUCUUCAAGAAAUGAAAAUGGUCGUGGUGAAAAAAAAAAUCUGAGUUCCACAUUAAGUAACUCAAGCAAUAACUCUGUCAAAUCAAAGACUCCGGAGUUUACUGAUAUCAGUAGAGGAGAGGAUCUCUUGCGAUUUCAGAAGGAACAGAGCCAGACAUUACAAAGUCGACACUCUUUUAGACGUGAAUCUAUCAGCCUUAAAAGCGCCAUCAAGAACUCACUAGCUAUGCUUAUCGCUUACUGCAUUUGCUCAUUUCCUUUAAUUGUCUUCAGUGUUCCCGACUCUGGUUGGGGUCUGACUGGCGCCCAAAGAGUUACAGCCUUGUUGGCGUGCCGCGCUCUUUUUUAUAUGAACGCUUUAGCGUAUCCGCUGUGGUACCUGCUGUUUAGUGCCACAGUAAGGAAAUGUUUUACAAGAUUAAAGGAAGGUAUUCUGGGAAGAUACAAAUGUCACUAGUAGUCACAACUGACAAAUUAAAACAUAGGCUUACAGACAAAUACAUGCUCAAAGAAAGACAAAAAAGGAUUGUAAAGCUUUACAAACGAGGACAGACAAGAUGACACAGUCUUACAAAGAAGGACAGACAGAAUGACAUAGUCUUACAAAGAAGGACAGACAGAAUGACACAGUCUUACAAAGAAGGACAGACGGAAUGACACAGUCUUACAAAGGAGGACACAGUCUUACAAAGAAGGACAGACAGAAUGACAAAGUCUUACAAAGAAAGACAGACAGAAUGACACAGUCUUACAAAGAAGGACAGACAAGAUAACACAGUCUUACAAAGAAGGACAGACAGAAUGACACAGUCUUACAAAGAAGGACAGACAGAAUGACACAGUCUUACAAAGAAGGAGACAGUCUUACAAAGAAGGACAGACAAGAUGACACAAUCUUACAAAGAAGGACAGACAAGAUAACAAAGUCUUACAAAGAAAGACAGACAAGAUGACAAAGUCUUACAAAGGAGGACAGAAAAACAACAAGACAAAGUAGGUCCAACUGAGCAGACGUGUGGCAGAAUGCCACUGAUGGAGUUUCUACGUAGCAAUUGCAUACAAUUUGAAUCUGUUAUAGUUUAUCUAGUACAUUUGACAAUUACCCACUUUAUGUAAAUAUUAACAUUAUGUAUCAUUAUGCUGCCUGUUUCCAAGUGUAUUAUAGGAAUAUAAAAAAUAUGAUAUAUAUUUAAUUUUAUGUUUUUGCAUAUUCUGAUUGGUGUGUUCUGUUUGCGUAUUUAUGUUGUACAAUAUCUUAAAUCGACCAUUACUUUUUCUAAGACAGAAAAGAUCGAUUUUCCUAGAUCCGGGCGACUUUCCUUACAGUUUGAAAAAGACAUACGUAAUAACAAUCUA